AUGACCAAGUUCCGCAUGGCGCUGCGCGCGCGCCCCGACUUUGAUCGCGGCUGCUACAACCUGGGGACGGUCUUCUACACCUUUGCCUGCGCGAUGCAGAGCGAGCAGGGGCAGCCCAAGGACGCACCCUCGCGCGCCGGCCGCGACGCGGCGGCGCGCGCGCUUUUUGGCGCCGCUGCGCAGUACAUAGCGCUGGCGGCCGCGUUGCAGCCCGGGAAGGAGAUCUACCGCAAGUCCCUGUCAGUGGUCCGCCAGAUGCUGCCCCUGCCCUUCCUCCGCGCCGGCUUCCUGUCCGCCCCGCUGCCGCGCAGCGUCGGCGGCCUGGGGGAGGUCUACAGGCGGGGCUGGUUCGUGCUCGACCACGCCUCCCUCAGGGCCGCGUCGCACCUGGAGAGCACGCUGUCCGCGGCCACCUCGGGCGCGCUGGCGGCGCAGCAGCAGCAGCAGCAGCGCGGCGGGGGCGGCGGCGGCGCCAAGGCAGCGGCUGCGGCGGCGGCAGCGGCGGCUGAGGAGGACCCGUUGGUUUUGGAUUUGGAUGAGAUUGUGAACGUGAGGCGCUGCAGCGACCCCAGCCUGCCAGAGGGGGAGGCGUUCUGGGUGUCCCUGGCGAGCCGCCCGAUGGGCAUCUACCUGGUAGCUGACUCAGCAGACGCCGCGGACGCCUGGGUGGACGCCCUGGUGCUGUGUCAGCAUCUGGUGGCCACGCGGUCGCACGACGCGCUGCAGGAGGCCCUCAUGCCGCAGCCAAGCCGGCGCGCGAAGCACGCGGCGGCGGCGGCGGCCGGCGGCGGCAGCGGGUUGCGGCCCGGGGGCCUGUAA